GUUACAGCCGCGACAAUCCGCUCCAUUUAACCAACCAUUGCUCUCCUGCUAGCAACCAAUUUUUUUUUCUCUUCUUAGCCACGACAUCCUUAAGAACUCCUCUUCAGAUACCUUCACCAUACCCCUCAGGCCAAGUGGUGCUUAAUACUUUCACUAGAACUCACGAAACCAACGAGAUAUACCCAUCCUGUAUCCACACCGAAGCACCUUUUUUCUCUUCUGAACGAUUCCAACAAUGGCGACAUACUAUUCUGCCUUUUUUUCGUCCGGGCUCCUUGCCAAUUCGAAUGAUCCUUUCGCUCGCCCUUCAACACCGGAGACCGCCACUCCCCGCUCGAACGCCACUAACCUCAGCGAGGACACCACACCCACCGCUACCUCAUCAUCCUCCACCUACACGCUUUCGUCGAUAGUCGAAACUGCUCCUUCGCCUGCACCAGUACUUCGCCGGCGUCGUUCCUCAAUAACGUUGGGCGCGUCUCCGGUCUCGUCAAUCAAGGCCCGUUCUUCUGCCAAUACCGCUCAAAAGCUCCAUACCCUUAUGAGCGCUUCCUCCGGACAAGGCAGCAUGCGAUUAAGGGCCAGAGCUGGCAGUGUUCACGAGUCAGUGUUUAGUCGGGUGGCUGUUGCAGCAAACGAUGCUACGGAAGGCAAUAGUCUGAUGGGUCGCCUCCGGAGUGGAAGUAUUGGGACUGCGCUACGCCCUCGCCGCCAACUCCGAAAAACUUUACCAGCCCCUCCUCCGCCCACCGUACCGCUUCCUGCCCUGCCGCCGUGCCCGCCAAUGCUUACACUUAACAUUCCAUCUUCCACUGGCUUUUCGUCCUCGCAGCCACCAAGCACGCCUCGUCGCCCCCUCACACACCGGUCUCGUACGACCGAUAACUUGCUUAUCCCGAUCGAAACUCCCCCCAUGUCUCGCUCAUCACCCCGCUCCGGUGCUGAAGAUUUCAGCAUGACGUCUCCUAAUGUUGGCUUCCCAACCGGUGGUCGUGACUAUCCUAGUCCCAUCGAGACACCUGACGAGAAGAACAUCACGGGUUAUUUCUUCUCUGCAGACCGGGACACCCAGAUGAAAGAAAACUAAACAUCUUUCGGUUGUCAUAACCUCUGCGACGUGCUUCGAUUGCGCCAGAUUCGCUUUCGAACUAUGUACAUAUGUCGUCGAAGUCUCAGGCACUUCACGGCAGGACCAUCCGGUAUGGCCUCAUAGACAUUAACCCCUUUCCUCGGACACUUGUUUUAAUAAUUUUAUUCCAAUACCAUACACCGUCACCCUCUUUAUUAUGUCUUUUUAUCUAUCUUGAACUUUGUCUAAUUGCUCCUUCUCCCACACCUAGACUGGUUUUUAAAUAGCUGUUUCUAGUUUCUUUUGGGUUUCUUAGUUCAUUUCUUUGUGUCGAGUGACUAAUGCUAUAUAGAUCGUGUACUGAUGUUGUACAAAAAUACCUACGCUCUCGUCAUUGCUCUCCACUUGUCGUCCCACUCUUUGAUAGUUUAACCUUCUACAUGACAUAUUCCUAUUAGCAGCUGCAGCCGUUUCGUUGCGCCACUAUCUCUCC